AUGUUACCCGCUAAAUUACAGAGUAUUGUGUCUGGUCACUGGGAACGGGCCAAUGCCAACGUAGGUCAUCGUCAUUUACACUACAUACCCCGUGGACUUCUCUUUAGUGAGGAUGACAUCCUGGAGCACCUGAAGUCCGUCGACAACGACGAACAUUCAGCAACUACUGUGAGGGACCUUAUCGACAUGCACGAGGCCCACGAUGUGGCACUAGACAUUGUGUAUGGCUAUAUUGUCAACAAGUUGCUCCCAUUGAUGGAGAGGUCGCACACAACCAAUUGA